AUGAUAGAGCUCGGCAGUGCCGUGUCGAAGCUGGCGUGGGCGCACCCAUAUUAUGGUCAACUGAUUGCUUGUGCAGGAUACCGAGGGCACCUGAGCAUCUUCGCUGAAGAGCCUGGAGCCGAGCUGCAGCAAGGACAGAUGACGUGGGCAGCCCGCAUGGACUUUUCCGACACACACGCGAUCACAGACCUCCGCUUUGCGCCCCAGCAGCUCGGCCUUAUCCUCGUUGCAUGUUAUGCCGACGGGUUUGUGCGUUUUCUCAAGGCCGAGGCCCCAUUUGAGCCUGUCGAGUGGCGCGUUGUGGUGUCUGCGAACCUGCGCGGGUCUGGGGUGCCGACUGUGGACUGGUGCGAGCGGCGGACGUGGGAUUACGUCAUGGCGCUCGGCGCACGCGAGGGCGACCACGGUGUCCGCCUCUACCACUACGACCAGGAAUCCCUGUACGCUUCUGGAGCUUGA